AUGGGAUCUUGUGCCAGUAAACAACCAUCUACAGAUGUAUCUAAUUUUGAUAAACCUCCGUCAACACAACCAACCCGUAAAACUCAGAAAACUCGAGUUCCUCAGCCGAAAACCUCAUUAACACAGAAGGUGAGCCUAAAAACAGAAAAGCCUGGAGUGGGGAAAACGCUAGGGACAUUGGGUGAUGAUAACAAGGAAAGAUCUGCUAGAAGUGCUGCUGGUAUAGCUGCGACAGAAAGACUUGAGAAAUCACAGAAACAUUUGAAGAAUGGAGAUUUAGGCAAGAAGCUGAUUCAAGAACGUUCCAAGACGAUGAAUACACAUUUGAAGGAUAACGCAGAAAGCCGAAGGAGAGAAAGAGAGAAACCUUUGACAUACGAUUAG